GUCACGGCUCAAUUCUCUCUUGUUAUUCCUUGUUAAAAAAAAAAAAGAAAAUUAUGGCUGAUCCUGUUGAUAAUAUCACCUUGAGACUCGGUGAUCUCAUCACACCUAAAACCUCAGAUGCACCCGUUGCUGCUGUUGUUCGACCUUCUGCACCUGAACAACGUGUAGAGGAAGACAAUUUGAUUAGAAGUACCCACACUGUCCAAGUCAAAUUAGCCGAUCAACAAGCUGAUCCCAACUCUCCUUUAUACUCUGUCAAAUCGUUUGAGCAAUUGGGCUUGAGUCCCGAAAUUUUGAAGGGUUUAUAUGCCAUGAAUUUCUCCAAGCCUUCCAAGAUUCAGGAGCGCGCUCUCCCCUUGUUGAUUAGCAACCCUCCUCGAAACAUGAUUGGACAAUCUCAAAGUGGUACUGGUAAGACUGCUGCGUUUGUGCUUGCUAUGCUUGUUAGAUUAAAUGUGGGAUUAAAUGUCCCCCAGGCUAUCUGUCUCGCUCCUUCUCGUGAGCUUGCUCGUCAAAUUAUGGAUGUCAUUGAAUCCAUGUGUCAAUUCACAAAUAUCACUACCAAGUUGGUUGUUAAGGACUCACUCAAGAGAAAUGAACCUGUUCAAGCCCAGAUUGUUGUGGGUACACCCGGUACUGUGGCCGAAGUAAUUAAGAGACGACAAUUACCUGUACAAGCAGUCAAGAUUUUUGUUUUGGAUGAGGCUGAUAACAUGUUGGAUCAAGAUGGUUUAGGUGAUCAAAGUAUCCGUAUUAAAAAUAUGCUCAAGGGAAAUCCUCAAAUUGUCUUAUUUUCUGCUACUUUCCCUGAACAUGUCCGUAAAUUUGCUGCACGUUUUGCACCCGAAGCCAAUGAAAUUUCGCUCAAGCGCGAAGAUUUAAGUGUGGAUGCGAUCAAACAAUUCUACAUGGAUUGUGACAGCGAAGAACACAAAUACGAAACACUUUGCAACAUUUACGAUUUAUUGACAGUGAGCCAAAGUAUCAUUUUCUGUAAGCGUCGAGACUCUGCGGAUGAGAUUUCUAGACGUAUGAAAGAACAAGGGCAUUCUGUUGUAUCUCUUCACGGUAAGAUGUUACCUGAGGAACGUGAUCAAGUGAUGGAUGAUUUCCGUAGUGGCAAAUUCAAGGUUUUGAUUACAACAAACGUGCUUGCUCGUGGUAUCGAUGUCUCUCAAGUCUCCUUGGUUAUCAAUUAUGAUCUUCCUCUUGAUCAACGUGGUCAAGUCGACUUUGAGGCUUACCUUCAUAGAAUUGGUCGUACUGGUCGUUUCGGACGUACUGGUAUCAGUAUCAUCUUGGUUGACAACCGUAAAUCCUGGGAACAAAUGCAAGAAAUUGAAAAACAUUUCGAAAGAAACAUUGCCCUUGUGCCAACAGAUGAUUGGCAAGCCGUAGAGAAGCAGUUUAAAGAAUUUAUCUAAAAAGUUUUUUUUUUUUUUUUUUUUUUUUAUAUAUAUUUUUAAAAAAUACAGAUGUUUGAAACUUGUUCCGCUGAUUUAAAACAUGAAUUCACAUGUAGAGUAAUAUCCCUUUAAAAAGUCACACGCAUCUUUCGUCGAUAGGAAGCUGUCAUCACAUGCGUUUGUUAUCUAUUAUUUAGCGUCCAUUUUAUUGUUGAUGUCUU